GCAAAGACCUUACAAUUGAAAAAUGAUCCCGCGCAAGUGCAUCGUGCUGCUUUUGGUCAUUGUGGCCAUCAUGGCCAAUAAAGGACAAGGGCGUAGUAUCGAGCGCUCCAAACGAGACGUGGUUGCGGAUGGUAUCCAAGUUUCCGCAUCGGUAGAGGACAGCCGAUCCAGCAUUCCCGUAAUCAGCGAUAUUCAACGGGUGGAGAAGAUUGCCGAUUUGGUCAUUUCCAUCGGCGAGCAAGUCAUUCCGGUGCUGCUCAACAAUCUGGCCGAACAGGUAAUGUCGGGCGAUCGAAAACUUUCACGACACGCCGAGAAACCUCCUGGGCCUGGACGCGUCAUGUAG